AUGCCGCCUCGCGAAGUGUUCUGCGACUUAUGCGGCGGAAAAUUCUUUGCGCACUCUCUGCCGCACCAUCGCAAAAGUUGCGAGAAGAAGGUUCAGAGUCAGAUGCAUGAAUGCCCGUAUUGCGCUAUGGCCGUGACACAGCUCGAAAUGGACUCGCAUAUCCUGUCGUGCAAAGUUGCGAAGGCGGCGGGUGCCAAGCCAACGGGUCAAAGUGCCCAGCUGAGACAAAGGCUCCAGCAGGACCGUCGGGGCACUGCGACGGCAGCAAGCGGACGCCUGAUCUCGCAAACCAGCUCUCAAGGAGCACGGUGUGGAAGGGAAGUCCCUUUGAACGAGAUAUCUGGCCGACGGACGCCGAUGGACCAACACGGUGCUGGCGCCGAUUCUGUGCUGCUGCCAUGUCAAGUUUGCGGCCGCACGUUUAGUGCUGACCGCAUUGCGAAGCACCAGGCCAUUUGCUUGAAAGUGAGCAAGAAACGGCCGAUCUUCCGUGCCGAGAAGCAGCGUGUCUUCAUGGAGGGUGGCAGUGGUGGCAGUGUGGCUGGCACGGCCAUGAGCACUUCACACAACAGGUAUCGAGGAAGCAGCAAGGCUGCCAAAGCUGCCAAAGCCUGCGAUUCGGGACAGCCUUUGAACACCAGGUGGCGCGAGCAAAGCAAAAGCUUGCGGGAAGCAAUCAGAGCGGCCAAAGGAGCGCCGCCAAUGCCAAUCUGGGGUCACAACAUUCACAAUCAGCGGAGUCAACCUCCUGGUCGAGGAAGCUAUCGGCAGCGGUCGAUGCCACGAGCCUUCAAGGAGCAUCAAGGUGCUUCCAACCGAAGUGCAUCCAGGCCAACGAGACCGGCAAGCGAUGCCGCACGCAAUGCAGUGCAUGACCGUGCGAAGGCAACGCCUUUGAUAUCGGGAUCGUCGACGACCAGACUCCGAGGUUCGCCUGGCGGUUCGGCCAUCGGACUUGGCAUGUCAAAGGCAGCCAGACAGCAUGCGGCCGCAUGGGAGGGCAACGACCCAUUCGGAGGACCCAGGUCGGCGAGCGGCCUGGGACACGUUGCACAGAGAUCGAACUCAGUGUCGGCAGAGAACCCUCUUGCUGCACUGGCGAGAUGCCGUGCUCGGUGA